AUGACACCUUUCAAGAAGAGCCGCCUGGUCCAGCUAUUAUGGUCUGAAAUGACCAGACGCCGGGUGUGUACACCUAGACAAGUUUUCAGCGAUAUUGUGUCUCGACAGCAGAGAUCUACUAUCGAGAUUCAUCACUCACCUCCGUCUGCUACCCGACCAAAUGGCGCAGAACAAAUCAGGCCUCAAGUCAAGGACACACGACCAGAGCAGACACCAUCAGAUGAGUCCUUUGAAUCAAGAGACACGAGCCUCCGGGCUGAAUUUCGAAGAGGAAACAAUGAUUUCGAGCACCGUUUCUGGAACGAAACAACCAAAGAUGCCGAAUCACCAGUGCUCGCGGACCCCAACAUCAUCGUGAAGCCCAACAAGAGCCUCAUCGAUGCCACUCACCCAUCCAUCGCAGCAGCAACAAUAAUCGGCGUGAUCGUCUUCGGAGCGAUCUGCUUCCUUCUGUUCUGGUAUAUCCGGCGAGAGCGUCGCCGACGCCGUCUUUCGGAAAUUCAAUCCCCAAGCUCAGAUCUCUUCAACCCAUCCUCUCUCACCCUGGGCCCAGAAACAAGCAAGACUCUAGACGAUUUUCUCAUGCGCGACGUACCACCAGAGCGAACAUCUCUCAUGUUCAGUCGCACUCGUUCACCAUCCGUGACAUAUCUCAUCGACGAGGCAAACCGCCACAGCAAUCGCAACAGCUACGAUGAAUCGAGCACCUUGACUAAACUGGAAACCCUAGAUUCCCUCACUAGAGUCUCAGCAGAUGGUGUUCGACCUAUUUUCAUGCUUCCAGAUCUCUCCUCUUCUCUACCGGGUCCGUCACUACAAACUACCUCAGCCCAGCAUACAUCGAUCACCUCUCCGCGCGCAUCAUUGGCAGGAACACUCCCGCCUUCUCCACGAUCCUCCCAACUCUGGACAACCACCACAGCCGCAACAACUGCAUCUACAAGUAUCAAAAGAAGCUCCCUUUUAGCCCAACAGUCAUCUGUCUCUCAAGCUUCACAGCCCAUGCACAAGUCGCAAGCCUUGCCAAGCCCAGUCACUUCACUGAUGCAGCCUCGCUCCUCGAAUUCGAACACUUCGAGGACUUCGAGACGAUAUUCCGGCGGUGAUAUAGUUCGAAGCUCCCCUCGUGGAAUCUACGAUUCUCGAGGCGCGCGACCUGUGAGAACGCGAAGUUCGCAGAGUGUCUCACCCAAUGUUUCGCCUCAUGCCGAGUCGAAUAGUUCGGGGCAUUUGCCUUCUAUUCCGUCGACUCCGUCGCCGUUGUUUCGAUUCUCCGACGCUUGA